CAAAACCACUCAUCAAAACGGACCUAGCUGCCUUUGGUCUUCUCAUCCACACACUGCUCUAGUGCUAGUCCGCCGCCUACUACUGCAAUAGGCACUUCCGCCCUCAACAACAAGCCAGAGGAUUGCGGAGCCAAGCCAAGCAAUCUACACCGUUCCAUAACCAUUGCACAAGGUAAUUAAAGGGGGCUGUGUAACGAAUUAAUCAACUGGUUUGGAUUUGGACCUUUUCAAAUACUGACUACAGUAUUUGGCCAGAAGAGCUGUAGCCACAACAAACCAUCUCACCUGCAAUAACUGUAAACCCUCGGGAGGGGUUCAAGUGCAGAGCCAGUAUGAGCAAGUCCUCCAAACUGGUGUCCACAAGUGCUAAAAGGAUUCAGAAAGAGUUGGCAGACAUAACACUGGACCCUCCACCAAAUUGCAGUGCUGGUCCUAAAGGUGACAACAUCUAUGAGUGGCGGUCCACCAUUUUGGGGCCCCCAGGAUCUGUCUACGAGGGAGGGGUCUUCUUCCUGGACAUCGUGUUCACACCGGACUACCCCUUCAAACCACCAAAAGUCACCUUCCGCACGAGGAUCUACCAUUGCAACAUCAACAGCCAGGGCGUCAUCUGCCUGGACAUCCUGAAGGACAACUGGAGUCCGGCGCUCACCAUCUCCAAGGUCCUCCUGUCCAUCUGCUCCCUGCUCACAGACUGCAACCCAGCGGACCCCUUGGUGGGAAGCAUCGCCACCCAGUACACAGCAAACAGAGCUGAACAUGACAGAAUAGCCAAACAGUGGACCAAGCGCUACGCCACAUGACAUGGACAAAGACUGUGCCUUUGACUGCUGCUCGAGAAACUCAUGGACUGAGCUAUUCUUCUUCCUUUGUGUGUGUGUUCUUCCUUUUUAGGAUUUUAUUUGAAAGGUGCGUGUGUGUGUGUGACGUGUGUCUAUUCUUUGUCUUCUGCAAUUUUAAUUUAUCUUUGCUAUAACUGUGAAUACAAUAAAAAGCCACAAAAAACGUU